CUCUUAUUGACAAAUACAUGUGUUUCUAGGAAGUCAGUAUUUUCCAAUCCAAAGACCAACCCCCACAGGGAUUGCCAACAUAUGGGUACUUUAGUAUUUUCAGUUCAACAGUAAGAUUGUCUUUUAUUUUUAUUUCGAGUUUUAUACUAUUUGGGCACAAAACUAAAAAGUUCAUCCAUCUGGGCUUAUUACGAAUUUCAUCAAGCAUCUGCGAACUCAAACGCAAACGCAAACGCACUACGAACAUGGAACAAGAAGCGGCGGAGACACUGGUUCAGGCGGCGAGCUCCGAUGGGUCGAACCCGAAGGGGCCAGACGAGUCGGAGGCUGUGAACCGGGCAAGGAAAUUGCUGUUUCGGCGGAUGCUAGUGGGGAUAAGAGAUGGGCGGUUUUUCUUGGGAAAUUUUCACUGCAUUGACAAACAAGGAAACAUUAUUCUUCAAGAUGCAGUGGAGUAUCGUAGCACGCGGCGGUCUUCGCCUUCUCCGAUGGAGCAGCGGUUCCUCGGUCUCAUUCUUAUCCCUUCUUCUUGCCGUGUCUCUUGUCAUGUUGGUUGCUCUGUUGAAGAACAAUUGUCUCUGCUUUCAUUCUAGGAAGAUAACAAGACAUAUUAGGGUCCUGUUGCUGUUGGGAUAUCUAGAACAAGUGUUUGAUACUCAUGUAUGUUUGAUUUUAUGAAUAAUAUUAAAGCUGUUUUGCAAUCCUAUGUUGUUUUUAGCUUUCAUACAAGCUUCAUUCAUGUCAGAUUGUUUGUGAGCAUUGUGUGGCUACCCAUGAAUUCGAUGUUUCUUUCGUAGAUGUUCGUGCAUCUAAGAA